AUGAAUACAGCUCGCUCUCGGGGGCGUAAUGUCUGGGUAGAAUUCUCAUCUGCCCCAGGCCAAAUCCAAGGCGGACUUUGCGCCGCAAAUAGCCUCACCAAGGCCCAGUUUCUCGACAUGCUAUAUGUUGUGUUCUCUGCUCCAGGUGGAUUCAAAACAAGGCUAUAUGCCUCAAGCUCUCCUAUUACUGCUACACACGAAACUCUAGAACAUGGUCGCUACAUUCUCACGCCCCACAUAUCUGGAGAACGGGUCUGCGUCAGUGAUGAGAGAUUCUUCCCGCGAACCCUCUCGCUAUCGACAACGCUUCGAGAUCGGGCUUUUAGGGACCAAGUACGUAGACGAGACCAAAAAUGCGUGAUAAGCGGUGAAUCAAAUUUGGAAGUUCACCUUGAUAGAUGGGUUGGCUUCGAAGCCGCCCAUGUUUUCCCCCUCGCCUUAGAUAACAUCUUCAUCAGUAUGGGCUACACACAGCUCAUCACGCAUAAUGAUCCACCGGGAGUCAAUUCCCCCCAAAAUGGGCUGCUUCUUGAUUCGAAAAUACAUCGUCUUUGGGAUGACUACUCCCUUGCAGUCAACCCACACAAUGGCUAUCAAGUCCAGGCUUUUAUGCCGGGUGCAUGGAAAUUUCACGGUAAUAUUCUUGAUACUGCGUGUCGGCAGCCUAAUGAUUCCUUGGGUAUUCUUGAUGCCCUUCUGCGCUGGCAUUACGAGCAAGCUGUACUUUGCAAUAUGCGUGGCGCUGGUGAACCAUCUUUUGAGUUUGACUUCCCGCCUGGAACCGAUAUGAUGGGUGAAAUCCGUCAAGGUCCGCGGCCUGAAGAGCGAAUGGAGGCCGAGUUAUUUAAUCGACUUUAUGGGUUUUCUAAUGAGCGGCUUUCCGGCCUGGAGUCUGAAGCCGAAGUGAUCUGA